AGGAUGGGAAAACACCCAACGGUUCAAGAGAAGGGAUAAAGAAAGAGAAGAAACUCACCCCAUUCACCAUGACGUCCAGGAGGUCUGAAAAUGGAUGUUCUUUCUGAGGACUGAUGUAGUCAAAAUAUUUUCGUAGAAUUAACUGUGAUCUAUGGGUUGGGGAGCAGCCUGCCUUUGAAAGGUUUGGGUUUCUUUUAAGUUCUGGUACACCAAAUGGUUGUUUGCUGUGGACAUUCGGCUGCUUUGCACCUACAUCAUUCCAGGUAAGCUCCUGAUGUGUUCUUUCAAUGUAAGAAUCCUCUCGGAAAACAAGAGAAAGAUUAGAAAAAUCAACAGCUUUUAUGAAGUGAUUAUUCCUUGAAACAGUGCUGGUUGGCAACAGGCAAUAGCUUUUAAGAGAGCUGGGAAGGGCAUCCUUCCUGUACUAAAUAAACAUAUGCUUCUUUUAUCUCAUGGUCACAGCGGCUUUGUGGGUGUUUGAACACUACAACACCCGGUCAACCUUGUUUAACUACCAGAGGGGAAGGUGGGUUGUGAGUGCACACACCACAAUAAUCCUUCCCUUCUACAAUUCAGUUUUACCUUUCCCAGAGUAUUGUCUGUUUCCAGCUGCAGACUUUUUAUAUACAAAUUGGAGCAAGUGGAUGGAUAAUAAUGUUAAUUUUCAUAUAUUAUAUCUCGUAGCAAGGAUUGCAAACAUCUUUCUAUAUCUUAGCAGGUUGUGAAAUUAUUUAAACAAUAACAAUAUUCUGGAAAGGUGGAGAAAUUUAUCUCUGUGUGUCAUGGGCGGGGAACAUUUCGGGGGCUGAAGGCAUUGCGCUCAUGGAAAAUUUGAGUGGGGGAGCUAAUUCCAGUAGUGGGCAGGGUCAGACCCACGACCAGCAUCAGACUCACACACAUUCACACACCCUUAACACACCCACACACCAUUACACACAAACAUCUCUAUUUCCCAUGGAAACAAUGGCAUAUAUUUUAUUCUUAGUAACAGCAGUUAAGUUUUGCUUUCUAUUUUUAUAGACUUUAAAUACUAAUAAAAAGCUUGCUAAACAUGGCUUUUUAAAAAAAAUCUGGUUGUGCAAAAGGCAAAAAAAGUCAGUAAUUCUAGCGCUUAUUAUAUGUCUUACUAGCUUUUUACAAAAUGUCACAAAGCAACUUAUGAAAUAUUAAGAAUGUAAAUAAUGUAAGUGCCCAUCUGAACUGCAAAACCCUGCAUUACAGCUAUUCAACGCCUCAAACUUGGCACACUGAAAAUUGCUUACUGGGAAUCGCAAAAUGAAUGGAAACUUUGUUUGUUUAUAUGCAUUGUUUUUUAAAAAUGUAUAUGACUUCUCAUAUUAUAAUAUAUCAGAGUGGUGUAAAGAAAACAAAAGAUAAACAUAAAAUAUACACCAUGUGUUGCAUCCAACUGAAUUCUACGCAGAGUAGAUCAACUGAAAUUAAUGGACAUAAGUUAGCCAUGCUCAUUAAUUUCAAUGGGUCUACUCUGGGCAGGACUAGCAUUGAACACUGUGCCAAAACUAAUACUGUUCAAAUGACAGUUCAACACUACAAGUUGAUCAGCAGACAAUAAUUCAUUAGGAAAAGCUCACACAAGUAAAGAAGGAUGGUAUUACACAUGCACCUGAAAGAGAGGAUCGUUGGGGCAUGCCUUGUCUCUAAAGGUAUAAAAUUGCACAUUAAAUGGAUUUAACUCUGAAAGCCUCACUACUGGAGGACGCAGGGUGCGUAGGGAAUGGUCUCAAUGCCACUAGGAGGUCCUCUUCUAUGAAAUGUGGUGGCUGGGCAAGAGUCUAAGGAGAGAGGUGGUCUCUCAGGUAGAAUAAUAGAAUAAUAGAAUUGUAGAGUUAGAAAGGACCCCAGUGGUCAUCUAGUCCAACCCCCUGCAAUGCAUAUGCCAGUCUGGAUCACACCCAUCCACCCCUCCAUUCAUGCCAUUCAUAAUAGUGUGCCCGGACACUGAGGUCCAGUGCCGACGGCCUUCUGGCAGUUCCCUCGCUGCGAGAAGCCAAGUUACAGGAAACCAGGCAGAGGGCCUUCUCGGUAGUGGCACCCGCCCUGUGGAAUGCCCUCCCAUCAGAUGUCAAAGAGAAAAACAACUACCAGACUUUUAGAAGACAUCUGAAGGCAGCCCUGUUUAGGGAAGCCUUUUAAUGUUUAAUAGACUAUUGUAUUUUAAUAUUCUGUUGGAAGCCGCCCAGAGUGGCUGGGGAAACCCAGCCAGAUGGGUGGGGUAUAAAUAAAUUAUUAUUAUUAUUAUUAUUAUUAUUAUUAUUAUUAUUAUUAUUCUAAUUUGGCUCUCACUCCCAGGAAAGUAAUGAAGAUUCUGUCAAAGGCUUCAUAGAAAUUUUCAGAUUUUUAACUUUUUAAAUAACUGGCUUUGCAGUAUAUCGAGAAAAUGUGGGAUUUCUUCCUCUGCAUCACACACCGUACAGUUAAAGCACAUGACCUGCGCCAAAUAAUCCUGGGAACUGUAGUUUGUUAAACUUGAUGGGAAUUGGAAAAAAUGCCGAGAGCCAGUGUGGGUGCAAUAGUUAGAAUGUCACACUAGGACCUGGGAAACCAAGGGUUCAAAUCCCCACAUGCCCAUGAAGCUCCCUGGGUAAUCUUAAGCCAGUCACAGCCUCUCAGCCUAGCCUACCGCACAAGGUUGUUGUGAAGAUUAAAUGAGGAGGCAGAGAACCAUGUAUACCACCUUGAGCCCCUUGGAGAAAGAGGUGAAUAUUAAUGCAAUAAAAAAAUAAAUUGCAGCUCUGUGAGGUGUAAAUUAUAGUUCCCAGAAUUCUGGGGUGGGGGUGGGUAUACUUCAAAUGUAUCAUGGGUAUACAAUCCUCAUCUCUCAAAUCACAUUGGCCGGGUAAAGUAUUGAGUAUUUUGUUGCCAGGACAGAGCUGCUGGAUCGAGUUGCUUUUUUAUUUUUAUUUUACAGAGCUGCUGCUGCUGCUGAGUGCUUUGCAUCAACCCUUCCUUUGGUUUUGUUAUUUUAGGAAACACGGAAGCAGCAAGCGCCCAUGAUGGACAAGGACUUUGCUCCUUCCCCACACAGGACCCGAAGAUGCAUUCCAACCUUAGGAGUCUCAUCCAAUCCCAGCCGCAUCCCAGGACACACGACUCGCUCCCUUGGAACUGGGGGGCUCGCGGCUCUCAGCCCCAUCUUGAAAAAGGAAGCCUGCCUCAACUCCUUCAGGCAGGAACCCACCAAACAGCUCCCUUUGGCAAAAGGCAGAGGGAUUCCUAAACCUCAAUCGAGGCUUGGGCCCCCAAAGCCGCCUCGUUGCCCUGAUGGGCUCCUCUCCUCAUGCUCAGCUCCUACCGCCUCCCAGUCUCUUCAGUGGACAGCAGCCAAUGGUUUGGAAGCACGUAAACUAAGCUCUCUCUCAUUUACUCUUCAGAGGAGCACCAAUGCCCCUCCAGCUGGCCGGCAACUCCUCUCACAUGCUAUGGCAGCAAAGAGGGAGUUCCAGAAGGUUCCCUUCCAAAAGGAAGCAUCGGGAAGGAGAGAGGAGUUGCCUUCACCAAGCCAUCUGCCAUUGUCCGGAUUACAAACCUUGCCCCAAAGGGUAGCUGAGAAUUCAGCUGAUAUGCAAACCACUCUUUGUCUGGAAGACAGAAAUCAUACCUCAAAUGCAGGCAUGCCAGGUUCCCAGAGACGUUUGGCCCCUGCUAGCCCACCACCAUCUCCUCCCCCUCAGCCACUUCCCAAAACCACAGAAGAUCCCACAAAUUCACCCCUGAAAGAAAUGGUUCAGGAGGACUUUGCUUCUAAUGACAGAUAUGGCAUCCCAAAAGGCAUUGAUGCGCCCCAAGGCUUAGCUGAAUCUGGAAAGAUGUUACUUCCCUUCCCUCAGGAGUGUCUUGAGGAGCAUGCUCUGAACGGCAACUGCUUCAUGGCAGAUUCCAUGAUGUCUCCUGUGACAAAUACAACUGGGUUUGAAUGUAAGUCCAAAAGUGGUGUCUUGUCAUGUGUUUGCUGUGUGUAUGCAGCGUGAGGGGUUCUCUCUUCUUGACUGCUGAGGGGCAAGAUGCCGGCACUUAACAGGGUAUAAUGUGUCAUGAGAUAAUAUUCUGAUUCUACGUUGUUUCAUCAGCUUGUGUCAGAGUCUUUGCUAAGCAUAAAACCAGUCAAUGCCAGUUCAUGCAAAUUACUAUUAUUUUUCCAUAUGAUUCCCCUGUUCAAGCAAGAGAAACCCCAGUGGAAGUGAAUAUACAAAGGUGCUUUAUACUGACAUUGAUCCAUGUAGGCCAGUUCCACCUGCUGCAGCUGUCAGUCACUCUUCAGACAUCCUUCCAGCCCUGCUAGCUGUCAGGAUCAACGGUAUAAUGGUGUAGGAACCAGGCAGGUAGGGGGAGCAACAGUUCUGGGCCUUUUUUCAGACCCAGAGUGAUGAUGUCAUUUGCCAGCGUUUCACUUGCUCUGGCAUAUGAAUGAAGUAAUAACAAAGCUUUCAAGUGCCAUCUGCCUCAACUGCAAUAAAACAUGUCUCUCCCGUAUCGGUCUCUACAGCCGCAGCAAGUGCUUUAACUCUCCAACAGUUUGACUUUACCCAGAUGGCUCACUCUUCCAUUGUCUCUUGAAACAGGCAGAUGGCAACACACAAGUGACAUCACUGUUGGUUACAGAUUAGCACAGUAGGAAGCUCGGGAAUGAAAGGAAUAAUCCAGUAGAGACUGGAUGCUUCCUUCCUUUGUUGGGGUUUCGACUGUUUCAUGCUAGCAGUUUAAAUCACAACACUUCUUUUUUCUUCGCUUGCAUUUCUAUUGCAAAGCUAGAGGUUGCAUUAAAGGGGAUGCCAUGAUGAGCUCCUGCUCUUUGGAAUUUACCACGACAUCCCUGGUCUGUACUGGUGGUCUGGAGGCAAAUAGGCAGUCCAGCAAGGAUAAGCAACUUACAAGCAAUUCAAAAGGCAUUCACAUUGAGGUGCCAGGCCAGUGUGACAUCAGAAAUUGUGUACCUACUGGCUUCUAGCUUCCACCAAGACCACACAUCAAAAUCCGUUGUCUGCAUCUAAGCCCUAUGACACCAUUUCCUGGACAUUUGCUUGAGCACUUUUUCAAAGGGCAUCCAUUUCCCCACUUUUGUGUAGGAAACAUUGUGCGACUUGUGCAUCGCUGCGUGUGAAGAUUGCACGAGUGUGUAUUUAUAUUUCCCUGUGUGGUCAUGGCUUCCCAUGCAGCAAAAUCCAGUUACGAGAACCACUUAUAUGUGGGUUAUGCAUUUUAUCUUAGGUGGAAGUGUUUUUCCAUUAGUUGCCUUCUGCAGACCUGCUUCCCAGUUCCCCAACAUCUCCAAGGCAUUUGUGCUUUGCCGUGACAAAUGCGCAGAGACACACACAGAUGUAGGUGCCUAAAGGCACCGGGAGAGACAUCUUGUGUGUGCACUAUGCACACUGACACAAAGACAGAUUCUCCUUGCCUGGGCUGACAUGCAGACUGUUUCUGGCAGACACUCUGUGCCUCCACAUAAUGGGUUACUGCUUCUCACCAUUUCUAAAAAUGCAUGCUGACGACCGUUUUAAAUGGGGUCCAAGUCAUAGCUGCAUGAAUGCUUGCUAGCAAAAGACCCAGAUAUAAGACUGAAAUGCCUAGAUGCAGGCACACACUUUCCUCAUUUCUUUGGCGAACGCUGCUGCCUGAUGAAAGAGUUAACAAUCCCUUUUCAUGAAGUAGCUUCUUGUCUCUAGAGAUGCUCAGCAGACAGUGGCAUAUGAAAGCUGCCUGGGAACAGGGGAGGAGAAAGGAGGGCGGAGAGGCAAGGAAGAAAGAGUAUAUAUGUGCGGCGGGGAGGGGACAGUUUUCUGGCUUCGGCUAACCCAUUUAUCACAGCACCUCCCUUCAGGAGCCAGCACACAUUUCCAUGCCCACCAAUCCAGUCAAGGUCUCCCAGAUGCUUGGAUGAUCCAGCCCUUGAUCCUGGGAAGAGAGGGAGGCAGAGUCUGGGGGAGAUUUUGCAGGGAUGUUUAAUAUUCAGGUCACGUGAACAUGGCAGUGGCGGCAUCAGCAUCUCUGGUUAUCUGAAAUAUCCAUUGGAGAAGGAAAAAGGAGAGAGAAAGAGAGAGAAACAUAGGGAGAAGAAAGAAAGAAACGCAAUCAGACUCUCAGAGGCAGCUUUUAGGCAGAGGGAAGUGAAGAGAAGGAUCAUAUUCCAGAGACAAAGAAAGAUUCAUGUUCAAAGGUAGGUGGUCCAUGAGGAUGCUUGCAUGCUCUUAUGGGUCUGGCGGGGCUCAGAGAUGCAGGAGGGAUGCUGAGAUCCGGCACGCAUUCUCGGCUCAGCAAGACAUUUGGCGUUUGGCAUGGAGACUGGCACAGACACUGCUAAUCUUGCAAGGGAGGAUUGUGGAAAGGGAAAACAGCAUUUCCUGCUCCUCUUCUUCCAUCUGGUGUCAAGGGGGAGGCAGGCAGGGCAGCUGCGAUGGGGCAUCAGAGACACUGGGGCUUUUGUGAAGGCGCACAUUAAUUCCCAGCUGGCUCAGAGGCGUGAGCUGCCUUGCAGCUGGCUUGGCUGUUGCUGACCGCAGGCGAUUCUUCCCUUUCACUGGCAUGGAUGUGUGUCAUAUUGGAAACCUUGUUCCGGCAUUGUGGAGUGGACCACGGGUGGGGUGAUGGCAGGGAACCAGAGCUGGGUGGAGAGGCCGUUGUCUGUGGGCCUUGACGGGAGUCCUGUGGGAUAACGGGUGGGGAAAGAAAGUGUCAGGGCUGGGGUGGCUGGGAAAAGGAAAGCAAUGCUUGGUGAAAGGGGAAGAAGGGGUGUGGUGAUGUGGGGGCUGGGUAGCAGGCACAAAAGGGCUGUAAAUUAAAAGGGGGAGAAGGGUAGAGUGGGAGGCUUGAAUGAAUGAAUCAAUGAAUGAAUGGAUGCAGUGCAAGGGGAAUGUGUUAAUAGCAGGAGCUGUCAUACAAGGGAAUAUGCCCGAUGUCACAUAGCUGCAGCUAUUGUGGCUGUGUGCACACCACACAUUUAAAGCACUCCAGCCCAAUGCUCAUGGGAACUGUAGUUUGUUAAAGGUGCUGGGAAUUGUAGCCCUGUGAGGGGUAAACUAUAGGAUUCUUUGGGGUGGGGAAAAUGUGCUUUACAUAUUCUUUGAGUGUAUGGUGUGUGCACAGACAGCCACAGUUGUAGGUGGAACAGUUCUAGUCAUCUGAAAAAAGAGUGCAAAUGUUUGAACUACACAGUCUUAUGUGGUUGGAGCAAAUGCACCCUGCCUUUUAGCGGAGCCAUUUCAUGGGGACCUGGGCAGUUGUCUUAUUCAGAGUCAGACCAUAGGUUUAUCUAGCUCAGGAUUGUUUACCUUGGCUGGUAGUGGCUCUUCAAGGUCUUGGGUAGGGGCCUUCUCAAUGCCUACCUCACUGGACUCAUGGGCCUUGAUUUGGAGUAAGACAUUUAUAGGGUUACCUGAAUUAAUCUUUUUAAAAGGGGUAUUGGAUUCACAUCCUUAUGGAAGCAGCAUCCUUUGUGAAGAUACAUGAACCUUGCUUUGGAUUAUUCACAAUCAGCGUCCAUGGAUCUUCACAAAGAGCGAUUCUCUGCUUUGUCAAGAGCAGCCUUUUAUUAUGUUCCAAGGUUGGGACUUAGGGCUCAUCCACAAUUCCGCUCACCUUAUUGCUUUCCCCUGGGAAAGCUCGCUGAAUCAGAGCACACAUCAAUUGGGCUUCUUCUGAAUUGAUGUUUGCUCUGAUUUAGCAUUGAAAAUUGAGUUUCCAAGGAGAAAGCAGUGGGGAGAAGGCAAAACCGCUUGGAUCCAUGCUUUCUAGGCAUGGGAUGAGCAGAAGUGUGGAAGAUCCCUUGGUGCUGAAAAACAGAUCUGCUAGCCAAAGCUUGGUGAGUCUGCACAGCUUUGUGCAGUUGUGACCUACUUGAAACUGGAUUGUCUGAAAGCUACCUUCCCCGACCUGGUUUUCUCUAGAUGUUUUAGACUACAACUCCCCUCAGCCCCAGACAAGAUGGCCAAUGGCCAGGAAUUAUGGGUAGGCCAACAACAUCUGAAAGGGCACUAGGUUGGCCUAUCCAAAGUUGUUAUUUUUUUAAUAGGAUGGGUGUGUGUUGGAACAAAGGUCCUCUCCCCGGUGUUCUGGAAACAGCACCUGUAUCUUCUCUUUGUUUUCUUAUGACAGAGGGUUUAAAAAGACUGCUAACUAGAAAGCCACAUGCAAACUAUUGCAAUAAGAAUAGUACAGCUCUCAGGGGAGGUAUGCUCAGUGCGUUCCUUUUGAGGUCCUGUGUGUGGGCGCUUUCACAAGCUGCAGUGAAAAUGGAGCCAGAUCCCCACUGAAGGGCAGGCAGCAGAACUGGAGGUGUAUUCGAUCAAAGCUGGUUAUUAUUUUGCUCCAUAGAGUUACUCAGACAAAGGCAAGGAAGGCAAGGGGUGGAAGAAAAGCCUUCCAUAGCUAGACUGUAGAAAAUAAUUACAUCAGGGGUUAUUACUUUAAAAUAAAGUUACUAAUUAUCAUCUGGCCGUAAGCCAACAAAAGGGCUGCUGCAAAUUCUAGAGAUGUGAUUAAAUGUGUUGACCAGAGGGAAUAUACAGUUCAAAUUCAACUAGCCCAAUUAUCAACUAACCCAACCCUUGGGCAGCAAAUUUCAUCAGGGUUGAAAAAUGUUUUGCAAAGGAGAACAAUCCUAUUUUUGAUACGAUCCUUCAUAUUUUUGAUGCCUGAGGUGGAAAAUCCAAACAGUGUCUUGAAGAUGGCAAAAAUAUAAAAGCCUGCUGAAUAAAUGAUAAUUUGCUGCCCCAAAUCUGGUGCUUGAAGCAGGCCACUUUGGCCUGCUUAAUGGUAGGACUAGCCCUUCCUCAUUUUAAGCUGUAAUUCUGGCAAGACAAAAUGUGUACCUUUAUAAAACUUACAGAUCACCCAGUCAUGUCGGAUUAUCAGUUUGGAAUCCUUGUCUCAGGGCCUUCUGGGGUUUGGCUCAGAACUUCCAUAUGGAGGUGGAGCAGAGAGGAGGGAAAACUCCAAAUUUGGCUCCUUUCUACAGCCCAUAAUUUACCAAGACAAACAGACAGAAGGAAAUCCUCUCUGACUCCCUCAGACUCUGCUGCUGUUGCUAUGCUGGUGCUAUGGAAGGAGGGGACACGUAACUGAAAUUCUCAUUUGCACAGCAAAUUAUUGAGGCAACAGCAAGAUUGGGGCAACUACCGCUGGUUCGGGGAACAGCAAGGUUGAGUAGUGUGGUGUAGUGGUAAAAAUGUUGGACUAUUGCUGGGGUGACCCAGGUUUAAAUCUUCUUUCCACUGCAAAGCUGUUCCUAAUUCAUCUCUAGCCAAGGUGUGAACACCUUUGCACAGGGCAAGACAUCUGGGCCUCAUCAACACCCCCCUGGUAUGUACAAAAACAGAAAUGAAUUGAAGCUGCGCUGAUGUGAACAGCUAGGGGGCAAAGAGCUGCGAAAUGUACCCAAAACCCAACAACUUCGCUGUCUGAAGGUGGUGAUGCGGACGCCUCUUUAAAGGCAUUUGCAACAAUUAAGGGACCAGCAAGCACCUAUUGUAGGCUCAGCAGCCACCAGCUACCAGCACCAAGUAGAAAACACUGUACCAGAUUCCAGAGAAUGUAGAGAAAGUUGUUUUUUUAAAAGGAGGGCAAGUUCACUGCAGCAGAGAGAUCCUUGGCCAGGCUUUGCCUGAAAGAAAGAGGAAAUCUUGGCAGAGGUAGAAUAGACUGGAAUUCUAGGCAGCUAUUUAGAAUAAGAACAGUUCCAGUCGAAAAGGCUGUGUGGUUACCCAAGGGAUGCAUGAGAACAAUAAGCUGCGUGGUCUACCAGGACCUGGCAUGUGGAAGGAAGAGGAUCUGGGCCUCAGGGAUGAUAAAAAAUAGUGCUGAUCAAGACUACUUUGGGGUAUGCAUCUCAGCUUGUGGGCCUGUGUGUUUUCAUCCCACAAUGCUAUGCAACAGGUGAUCCACAAUUAGUGCCUGUUGAAACGCAUUAUUAUUAUGUGUGCAUAUUAUGAACACGUGUUAGGGCAAUCCUAAAUGGAAGAAACUGCAGUUCUUAGGAUUGGGCUGUUGAGAAUGCAGCACAAAAUGGUUUAAAACAAAAAGAAAGGAAGAAAAAGCAGCAAGAGCUUCUCAUGUUUUGUCAAACGGCUGGAGGUUUUCAUUGCCAGCAGCAGCUUCAAGAAAGCUCUAAAAAGACAACAGACGCCUCAGGGGAUAGCCCAUCAGUACAAAAAUCACAAACCGAUUGUGAAAUGUUAAAUGAGAAACUUCCAGUGAAGGAGAGCUCACUUUGGUUCUCACAUCCUUGAUCCGGAGCUUGCUGAUUCUUCACUUACGUGGAGAAAAACCUGGGUCACAAGCCCUGUAUGAAAGCCCAGCUGCACAUUCAGUGGAAAUGGCAUUUGGAAGUGGUGGCUGCUGGGAUAAAGGAAAUAAUUGGGGUAUAUCUUCUUCUUGACACUGAAUGUCAGAUAAAUUAAGGUUGAAUGAUGUGUUGGAUCUAUCAAAAGAACUCUGAAUCAUCACCAUGAAAAAUCAGCAAUCAUGAAUGAGUGCAAUCCCAUUACUGCCAUGGAUUCAUUGCAAGGCCAUGGGCAGUAGCGGUAGUCAUGAUGCUGUUAUGUUUUCAGGUGAUAAGUGCUUUGCACAUAUUAUACUGUAAUCCUAACAUUAACCCUAUAAAAUCGGCCAGUAUUGUUGUGCUCUAACUUCAGAUGAAGUUCCAGGUUUGGUGUCUUCUUCUUGGUGUCCUCCUACAUCAGAAUAGACCUCACUGACCUUGGCUGGUGGUGACUGGCAGCGGCAGGAGUGCUAUGAGGAGUGGCAGGUGGUUUGGCACCACCAUGUAAAUUUCCCAGAAUGCCUCAUGGUUACACUACACCAGGUGCAUUGUGGGAAAUGGAAAGGGCAGGUUGCUGCCAGACUCAGCUGCCUGUCAGGUGUGUGUGCACAGGCAGAGAGUACAACAGGCAUCCACAUAGUGGUGGGCUGUGCCAGGGCCCUGGCAGCUGCGUGAGGAUGCCAUGUGCUUCACUGAGGCUAUGUUUUGUUUAAGACCACCUAGCAAGUUCAUGGCAAAGAUGAGAUUUGUAGCACAGUCUCAUAGGCACAACACAGUGCUGAGGUGUUUCUGAAGGGCUUUCUCACCCCAAGAACUUGGCACCAAUACAAAGCACUAGAGGCUGCUGGCUGUUUGACACAACUGGGCAUUCCUGUUGGUACAGGGUGUUCUAUGAGUGGGUAGGACCAGUUUCUUAAAGAGUGUGACAGUCUCUGUGCUGGAAAGAUCCCAAAGCACUUAAUUCUCAUUUUGGGUGAAAGGAUGUCAGUCUUCAUCUAUCCCUUAAAAAGGGAUUUUUAUUUUUAGUGGUGAAAACUCUAGCUAAAGGGGCUCUUUCUGUUCUGGGAGAAAGAGUUAUUAGAUACAAACUAGGGACUGGAUUGAAUGGAAAUGUUUGUCCCUUGGCUCCUUACCAUUGUCAAAGCAGAGUAGUACCUUUUGUCUAGUUUUCCUAAGGAGUGCAUGGAUGUUCUGAUGUUUCGAUGAGAAUUGCUGAAAGGUAAUCGGCUGUGGUUUAUUAAAACCUUUGAAUUUCAGCUGCUUUGUGGGAGUGGGGGGAGGGACUAGGGACAUGAUUCUGCAAGGCCCUGUUAAAUAUUUUAAGGAUUUUCUGUUUUCAGCCUGUUGCUAUCCACCACAUGUAGUAGGGGGUGCUGUGGACUGCAAAUCAACACUAUCGAUCAGUAAAUAAGGAACUGUUGUUACCAUGAUGUGAUGGUAUUUCUCACUUGUCGGAUCUCACGCAGGGUGCUGUGCCUUGCAGGCCUGGCAUUAGAGUUUGGUGGGCCCUUGACAUGGUGCUGCCACCAGGCUCUGUGCUUGGUGCCACUGCUGCGCUGCCAACAUAGGUUCCACUUCCCACCACAAUAUGUCACUGCCAUGGCCAUGCUUCAUGGGGCAGAAAGCCCUGCCAUGCAUCAAAUGGCUCAUGCAAUGACAAGAAGAUAAUAACAGAAGCACAUCUGCAAAAGCAUAAAUGGAUAGAGAGAAGGGCCUUUGAGGAGGAGUUGUCUCGAUUUGUUCUUUCCUUUCCCAAUAGAAAUGGAAGAGACCUAGCAUUUUUCUAUGAAAUAUACUGUUGUUUUUUCUAUAUUUUUUAUUAAAUUUUCUGUUUUACAUUUUAGAAUAUUCAUUUAAACAGCCUUAAAAUAUCAGUGACUUCCCCCCUUCUCUUUCCAUGGUUCAUUUUGCAUAACAUAAAUCCCUGCAUAUUUUAUAUAAACUAAACCAUUCAGUAUUCCAUUAUUAAAUCCAUCAAAACUUAUUUGCACUGUUGAAUUUAUUUUAAUGCUGCCCAGGUUUUCAAAUAUACACAAUUUUCCUCCAUAUAUUCAAUAAAUAUUUUCCAAUCAUCUUUAAAUGUAUAUUCUUCUUGUUCUCUUAUUCUGUAUGUUAGGUCUGCAAGCUGUGCAUAUUCCAUCAGUUUAAGUUGUCAUUCUUCUUUAGUUUGGACUUUGCUCCUUUUCCAUUUUUGGGCUAACGAAACACGAGCCGCAGUAGUGGCAUACAUAAAUAACCUUUUUUGACACCUGGGAAUUUCCAUCUGAAUUAUCCCCAACAAAGGGACUCUGGUUUUUUGGGGGAAAGUAUUUUUAAACAUUUUUUUCAGUUCAUUAUGAAUUAUUUCCCAAUACUCUUUUACCCUUUCACAGGUCUAUCACAUAUGAUCUCAUUGCAUCAGUAAAUAUACUGUUUAUUUCCUUUCUCCACUUGCAGGGCCAGUAGAUACCAAGCCUGAAGCAGCCAUGUCUGAGCUGGUGCCAGAGCCGCGGCCAAAACCAGUCGUGCCAAUGAAACCCGUUGGUAUCAAUUCCAAUCUGCUGGGCUACAUUGGGAUCGACACCAUCAUAGAGCAGAUGCGCAAGAAGACCAUGAAAACUGGAUUUGACUUCAACAUCAUGGUUGUCGGUAGGAAGGGUUGGAUCCAAGAAUCUUGUGAAGGGAGGCGUUGCUAUGAAGCCAGGGGGCUAAACUGGGCAGCUAGUUAAUCAGCUUGAUUGCUCUUGCGUGUCUGUUUUUAAAAAGUUAAUAGCCAAUGUGGUGGGGAGGGCAGCUGGACAGGGGUUGUGGUGUAGAAGGGUAUGUUUGAGUGUGUCUAGAAACUAGUCUCCUGUUGAUAUUUGUUGCUUCUGGCCCCGUCUACCACUGGCAUGUGGCCUUAGAAGGUCACCCAGAAGCUAGUGAAACUUCGGGUUGAAAAAGAUUCCCUGUCCCCAGUACAGAGGAAGGGUUAUAAAGCCCUUUCCCCUCACCAUGGUUCAAAUUGCAGUCUGACUCCACAGCAUGCAAUGCAGGCAACUCCCAAUUUACAUGAGGGUUAUGUUCCGAAAUCGUGCAUAUUUGAAACACCAUGGAAAAAGUCUGCAAACGCCCUCUGGAAACCUUCAAAAAACCCUCAAAAAACUGGCAGCACAUACCAGACUGGCAAGAAGGAUGGCAAAUUAGCCAAAGUUCACCACAAUCACUCCAAACUUUUCUCAAACUCCAAAGCUCCACAGGCCUCAUCAGUCGGUGCAAGGUGUCUUGGGAUUGUACUUACAAAGAUUCGUGGGAUUGUUUGGUGAUGUUUUGUGCCUUUUUGCCCUUUCUGGGCUCUUUCAGGGCCAUUUUUUCCAUUUUCAAAGACUUCCGGGUUUGGCAUGAUGUGUGUGAGUGUGGUGGCGCAUCAACUGGACAUGUGUAAAUUGGGAGUUGCUUUUAGAAGAUAAGCUUCCAUUAACCUCAAUACAGUGGUACCUCGGUUUCCGAACAUAAUCCGUUCCGGGAGGCUGUUCGGGUUUUGAAACAUUCGAAAACCGAGGCUCAAAGGGCUGUCUGCAAAUUUAAUUAAGAAAAUUGAGAAACACUCAGCGGAAGCCGUUCAACUUCUGAGGCGCGUUUGAAAAUGGAAGCAUUUACUUCUGGAUUUUCGGUGCUUGAGUUCCGAAACAUUCGUCAACAGAGAUGUUCAAAAACCGAGGUACCACUUUACUACCACUGUUUAACAACAUGAGCCACGACCUGAGACAAACAUGGCCUGUGCACAAUCUGCAUGCCUGCCUUGCCACAUCUACCGUCACAAGAGCAUCUCAAGGAAAACCUUCAUUUCAUUGGGAAUGACUGCUUGUGCUCCCCAUUGUCUGCUGAUAGCCAAGCUGGGAAGCCAUCGUCCUGAUGAGCUCUUACUUUUACACCAGCCAGUGCCUUCUCAGCUCCCAGCAGCCGGGCUAUAAAUGGUUCUGCUGACUGGCUUGAAAAGGCUGUGGCGAAUCCUGUAUGCUUCUUUUAACAGGCCAGAGUGGACUGGGCAAAUCCACACUUGUGAACACCCUCUUCAAAUCCCAAGUCAGUCGCAAGUCUUCAGGCUGGAGCCGCGAGGAGAAGAUCCCUAAGACAGUGGAAAUCAAGGCCAUUGGUCAUGGUAAAAUUGCCUAACAUUUACAUCAAAUAGAGUUUUCAGGAGAGGGAAAGUAGACCUGGGUGUUCCAGGAAGUAAAGCCCAGGCUGGCAGAGGCCCAGGAGACCUCCAUAUGUUGCAAAGGACUUGUCUGAAUGACACCUGAAGGAUCAGUCUGGUCCAGUGCACAGUCCAGUGUGCCAUCCCUGCCUGUACCAUCUCCAGGAAUCUCUGUGGGGAUGGCCUGACAUGCAUAGCCCAAAACUGCAUGGCCAAGUCAUAGAUUUUAACUGGCUGAUCAACCAUUCAAUGUUGGCUGUGUUGUGACUGCAUUGGGAUAUGCUGUCCCUGUAUGGAUGACUGGGAAUGGCAGAGGCAGAGAAUGCAUAUUGCCUUCAUGUGAUGAAGCCCUUUCAGUUGUUGUCUGAAUUAGUCCAGAGUUGCUACAGUGAGAGUGUCCAUACGGUGACAGAAUAUGUGGACGCUCACUCGGACUAGCUUGAGGUUCAGUUAGAGUGUCCAUGUGUUUUACAGAGGACAGUCUAAGAAGUGCUUUAAAAGACAGUCAACUCUUUGGAAGUGUAUAAGAUUUGAUGAGAUGUCUGGUCCAAGUCCAGUUUAAGGAUGAAAGCUAUAGGAAGAAAGAGCAGGCUGCCAUGGAGUUGUCCAGCAGCAGUGAGCACUUGGGAAGCAGACUGAGCAGGCACAUAGGUCUCCUGGUUAGAGUCUCCCUCCUAUGAUGAGAUGCAGUGUAUUGUGUUUAUUUCUAAAUUUGCACCUGUACAUAUAAAUUAGCACAUGCCAAUUGCAUGAAAACGGUGUCCUCUUUUAGUAAUAGGCCACCCUGGAAUCAAUAGGCCACCCUAGGCUCAAUGUGUCUAACCUCUUGGACUUGAGGAUAUGUCCUUCUGGACAAAGACAUGCCCCAAAUUAAAGAUCCACUUAUAGGGCUUAUUCACACUUACCUUUUGCCCUGGUCUCUCCAGGCACAGGUCUGUGCUUUAAAGCUCUGUGUCCGAGUACCCUUUUUUGGCCCUGGAGCUUUCCAUGCAAAACCAGCUCUUUAUAGCUGAAGUACAACAAAUGGCAAUUUGGGUUUUCCAGAAAAAGAGUUCUCAGAGAUGCAGCUUCAAACAUGGACCAUGACUACAAAGAGGAGUGGAAAGGAAAGUGUGGAUAAGCCCAUGCUGGAAAGUUGCCAUACAGAAACAGGCCUCUGUUUGGAUCCAAAUUUAUAGGGUUUCCCCCCCUCUGUCGUCUAUUGGGGAUUGUUGCAAAGGGUCCAAGCUCUGUUGGGCUCCCCUUCCGCCAUCCAGCUAGAUCUUGUAAUGUCCUAGACAAGGAGCUUUAUUUCUACAAGGGCCACAUAGAUCUAUGUGUUCAAAAAGAGCCUCUCCUUUCCUCGCUCAGUACCAUGUAAAGGCCUUUAUGCUAUCAUCUCUAUAAAAAGUGUUCAGUUUUGGAGGAAGAUAACGGUAACAUUUCUCCCCCAGUUAUUGAAGAAGGUGGUGUCAAAAUGAAGCUCACAGUUAUUGACACCCCUGGAUUUGGUGACCAGAUCAACAAUGAAAACUGGUGAGUGUUUUGUUCCUUCGCUGAUUCUCAGUCUCCUCCCUACUUUCUUUCUCCUGCAUGAAUUAGCAUAACUAGAUGAAGGGAGCAGGACUUAAGAUGGGUAGAUAUUUUUUUUUUUGCUCUGAGGCAGACUCCUGUCCAGUGUUAUUAGUGCCCAAGAACCCAAGAUAGUCUGCACCAUAGGGAUGGUGGUGUUACAAUAUUUACCAGUCAAGCGCCCGCUGUGAUGCUUAAUACACAAGGAUAAAAAUAAGCUACAAAAACAGACCGUGGGCCACAUUAAGGGCUUAUGUUGCUCAGCAAUUCCCCUAGGUGACAUUAGGACCCACUAGUGGGGCUGCAGGAAUCCUGAUUGUUGCCAAAGUGGGGAAGAGUAGGGAAAGCAAGGAUCUUCCAAAACCAAGUUUAUAUUGAAGGAUCCUCUUCAAGGCUUGGACUCACUGGCAGAGGAAGGGGGAUGCAGGGGGUGCGGUCCGCCCCGGGUGUCAUCCCUGAGGGGGGUGACAUCACCGCCCUCCCCCCCCAGGAUGCUCUCCACGGGUGGCACCCCCAUGGGAUGCUGACCGCCCUGACCCCCUUGGACUACUGACAUUGCAAUCUAGUUUCCUUGAAUAUGAGAUAAAGGUAUGUCUACCUCUUUUCUCCCUGACCCUCCUAGCUGGGAGCCCAUUGAGAAAUAUAUUAAUGAGCAGUAUGAGAAGUUCCUGAAGGAGGAGGUCAAUAUUGCAAGAAAGAAACGGAUCCCAGACACGAGAGUCCACUGUUGCCUCUACUUUAUCUCCCCCACAGGUCACUCGUAUGUAUCUCAUCUGUUCUGGUGCAUGCCCAUAAGACCGGGAGGGAAGGGGAGUGGGAGGGCCCUGGGGUGCUAAGUGAACAAAACAGGGAUCUCCACAAGCUACCUGGCACCAUGUGCAGGGUGCACAAGUCUCCCCUGACAAGCCACACAGCAGACCGAGGUAAUGAUGGGGUAGCCAUGGGGCUGCACAGUCCUAAUAGUAACUGGUAUCUCUUCCCCUUUUGUGCCAUAAUGAGAGUGUGCUAUGUCGGACAUCCCUCUAACGUUAUUGAUGAAAAUGGAGUUCCAGAAAAGAACAUUUCAGCCAUUGCUUGUCUAUUCCUGCCCAUGUUCAUAAUUGGCAGGAAGCUCCCAUGAACCUAUAUUCUUAGGUUCACACAUGCAUUGUUAUGGUUUUGCCAGUUGUUAGGAAGCUGCUACCAGUCAUGGUUUUUCAACGUCUACUUGGCAAAAUUAGCAUCAUCUUGUGUAAUGUUCACAUGAGAUACUGUACAGCAGGAUGCCUUUCCACCUUGCUUCAAUUUUUUUCGUAUUGAAGUCUCCUUCUUAUCUCUCUAUCUUUCCACCGAAUGUAUCCAGUGGGUUUUUAAUGCUAUACCUAUGGAGGAAACUAAGAAGUAGAGAUCCAGAGCUAUAGAUGAGAAAGACUCUAGUUCAUUUCCCCCUUUCUAACCUAGAAACAGAAUAAAAAUGGGAAGGGCUUUAAUUUUGUGUAUGCUAGGAGCAAGACAAUAUGCUCUUCUUUGUUAAAGAUAGUGGUGGUCUCUUAAUAGUCUUUUUUCCUGGACUGUAGCUUAAGACCUUUGGAUAUGGAAUUCAUGAAGCACUUGAGCAAAGUAGUCAACAUCAUCCCAGUUAUCGCCAAGGCAGACACCAUGACUCUGGAGGAGAAGAUUGAGUUCAAACAGAGGGUAAGUAUCCUGGGAAACAUCCAGUAAGAAACACAAACACACAGUCCUUUAAGUGUUGUGCCAGGAAUACUCUCUCUUACAUAGCUUUGAAUUUUAUUUUAUUUUAUUUUUCUACCCAGGUCCGCAAGGAACUGGAAAUCAAUGGCAUCGAAUUUUACCCCCAAAAAGAGUUUGAUGAGGACCUUGAAGAUAAGACAGAGAAUGACAAAAUCAGGGUAGGAUGCUUAUGAUUGUGGAGUAGAUUUUCUUGUUGGAGAUGCUGAGGUAACUUGAGUCCAGUGUUUUCUUCUUGGUCCUCACCAUGCUUAUAAUGUGAGUUGGAUGUAGUAAAAGUUGGCUGUAAACGUUACAGCCACUAUGGAAGCAUAAGAAAUGGAUACUUCCAACCUUAUAACUGUAUACAUUUAUAUUUUGUAGUUCCUGAGGUGAGAAUUAAGCGCUUUUGAGGACUUACUUAAGAGUUAAUGUGGGGUUCCUGUCCUCACAAAUGUUUGUUUCCUAUAAGUUUCCUAUAAGUUUACAUGGGACUUACUUCUGAGUAAAAGUAAAGGUAAAGGGACCCCUGACCAUUAGGUCCAGUCGUGACCGACUCUGGGGUUGCGGCGCUCAUCUCACUUUACUGAUCGAGGGAGCCGGCAUACAGCUUCCGGGUCAUGUGGUCAGCAUGACUAAGCCGCUUCUGGUGAACCAGAGCAGCGCACGGAAACGCCGUUUACCUUCCCAUCGGAGCAGUACCUAUUUAUCUACUUGCACUUUGACGUGCUUUCGAACUGCUAGGUUGGCAGGAGCAGGGACCGAGCAACUGGAGCUCACCCCAUCUGGGGAUUCGAACCGCCGACCUUCUGAUCGGCAAGUCCUAGGCUCUGCGGUUUAACCCACAGUGCCACCCGCAUCCCUUCCUUCUGUGUAAACUUGCUUUAAAUUUCAUUGUAAAGGUGUCAACAGUCUAAAGAAUUGGAAUGCUGAAAAGAGUAUAGCAGGAAGGGCCAGCAUGCAUGUCUGCUAGGCAUGGGGGUUGGUAACUGGGACAAAAUCAAGUAUGUAGCAAGCUGGGGAAGAAACACAAGAAAGGAAAACAAGCAAUUGUCCAUACGUGUCACGCAGAGAAGCAAAGUCAUUUCAUUGGAUAUUUUCAGCAGGAAAGUAUGCCAUUUGCUGUGGUGGGCAGUGACAAGGAAUAUCAAGUGAACGGGAAAAGGGUCCUGGGGAGGAAGACACCCUGGGGAGUCAUCGAAGGUAAGCUGAUGCUGAUCCUACAGUUUCUGGCAGUUGCAUUUUUAGAUUGCCAAUAGGUUGUAGAAGCUAAAAUGGCAAGGUCAACAUUCCCGGCAGGUAGCCUCAGUAUGGUGCAGCGAGUGUUUCUGGUAGAGAUGUCUUGCUUUGUUGCCAUUUGUGCUCCCUGGAAUUAUCAGUCACCAUUUCUUUCUCCUUCAACAGAAACUGUUUGCCAGUAAUGAUCUGAAUGAAUAAACAAUGGAUAUGUUUAUCAGAGUUGCCCAUGAUGGCCCAGUUUGCACAUAACACCAAACCACGGCUUAAUGCACUCCUCCCUCAGUUCUCCUCCUGGGGCUAAUACAUGGUUUGCCUUUGUAUUAUGUCCAAACCUGAGCACCUGGCUUGUCUCCCUCUGAAAAACCAUGAGCAGUAAAUCAAGAACAAACCUUGGCUACAGCUUGUGGUUUGUCUGGAGCAAAACCAACCAGGUUUGGAAGGGAAAGGUAAACAAUAAGCCAAAGCAUGGCUUAGCUUGGGUAGUGUUGUGACAGCAGGACUGGGGGAGGAAAUCAGCAGCUAUAUAAUCUUCAUUGCAAGAACCCACCUGCUUGUUUGUUUGCACUAAGCCAUUGCUUGGUUUAGGAUUAACUGAGUUAGCACACAAAAUGAAUGGGCGACAAAUACUUUCAAGGCUGGGCUAAUCUGGUAAUGCAUAAAGGUACCUAGAAAGAUUGUAGACAAUUCUUAUUUGAGAUUGUCAAAGAAAGGCUUUAUAGGUGUCCUGCUGGAUAUGAUUUAGACAGCCUGCCUUCAGGCCAGCGGUGAUGGGACUCAGCUAUACCGCUGCAAAUACAGUGGUACCUUGGGUUACAUAUGCUUCAGGUUACACACUCCACUAAGCCAUAAAUAGUGCUUCAGGUUAAGAACUUUGCUUCACGAUAAGAACAGAAAUCGUGCUCCGGCGGCGCAGCGGGAGGCCCCUUUAGCUAAAGUGGUGCUUCAGGUUAAGAACAGUUUCAGGUUAAGAACGGACCUCCGAAUUGAAUUAAGCACUUACCCCGAGGUACCACUGUAAAACGUUUUAAAUGUGUUGUAAAGUGCAAUAUACAAAUGUGACACUAGAUGGCAACAGUGAGCCAUGCCAAAUUCAAUGUAUUUUUCAAAACGUUUUUAAAAAGCAUUUUCACAGUGUUUUUUUAUAUGUGUAGAUUCCACCAUAGGGGCUGGUAUAAGCAGGUGUGGAGUACUGGAAAAGUAUAAUGAAAUUGCUGUGAAUUGUUUCACCUAAUUCACUAGUUUGCUUAGACCAGGCAUAGGCAAACUCGGCCCUCCAGAUGUUUUGAGACUACAACUCCCAUCAUCCCUAGCUAACAGGACCAGUGGUCAAGGACGAUGGGAAUUGUAGUCCCAAAACAUCUGGAGGGCUGAGUUUGCCCAUGCCUGGCUUAGACCAAAUGGGAGAGCCUGAAAAACAACAAGCAAGCCACUUUUAUUAGUGCUGCUUCAGGUGGAAGCUGGCCUUGAUGGAUUUCUCUGAGUUCUGUAAUACUGUACCAGAACCACUGUUCAAGGCAUGAUUAAUGUAUUUCCCUUUAUUUACAGUGGAAAAUCUCAGUCACUGUGAAUUUGCUCUACUUCGAGACUUUCUCAUUAGGUGAGUCCAUUGGUUGUUAAAAGGUGCUGCUUAUUGAAUUGAAAAUGAAUUUCUGGUGAGAUCUAAAUUGGAAUAGAAAUGUGAGGUGUUUAUGCUAGAACGGAUGAUUGUGCUGCAGCUCCAAGAAAGCCUUAAAAAAAAAAAAAAGCACUUUAAAGCCAUUUAAAUCGGGGCCUAAGGGCAACAAUGAGUGCUCCUAUACUUACAUAAUAGAUUCCCCGGUAUUUUUUUCCUGUAUUCUCUGUCUUUUUCUCCUACUCCUUAGGACCCACCUUCAAGAUCUAAAAGAAGUAACGCACAACAUCCACUAUGAGACUUACAGGGCUAAACGACUGAAUGACAAUGGGGGACUCCCCCCAGUGACCGUAGAAACAGAAGAAAACCAUGAAAGCAACCUGUGAAGGACCCAUCAAGUUAUCUGCCAUCUCCGAAUUAUAACCACUACUACCACCCCAUCCCUUGAUUUGAAUUCAAGCCUCUCUUUGAAGCAUGUGGAAUAUCCUUUGUGUGUGCAUACUGGGGAAGAACCCCAACUUCACCCAAAUGUCCCCAUCUAUUAUUAUUAUUAUUAUUAUUAAUUAUUAUUAUUAUUAUUUGAAUUUUGUAUUUUGCACAGCAGACUCUAGUCUUCCGUUGUAUUCCCAGAUUCAAUUGUGCAUCCUGAUUGUGGGGAAAGUUGAAGGAAUUCUGGAAGUGGUGCAAUCUCUGGGGGUCACGAGAAAUACCUCCAAGGGAGAUAAUGAGAUCAAUGAGAGGAUGUUGUACGCACUGUGGUGGAAACAGAGAGCCAUAUUUUGGAUGCGAGUUUCACAGGUCUGGAAGAGACUGGGUUGCUCUGCAGCUGUGAUAGAUGGUUUGUGUCGUAGGCUCAGUUCUCAGCAUGGAAGCAGGAAAAAUGGACUCAGACUAGAUCUCGCUGACACAGUUAUGUGAAUUAAGGUGCAGUGAAAUAAACGGGAGGGAAUCUUUUGCCAAGUAAAUGUGUUUCAAUGUGCCAGUGUAAGAAAAAAGACAAAAAGACAGGAUUUUGGCCAUUUUGGCCCAUACCGAUGGGAGGCAAAGUUGUUGAGUGAAAAACAAGAGUGGAGAUUUGAUUUGGGAGUAUUAGUUUUCUUGGUGUAGGAGGGGGGGAGCAUUAAUAGUGAGGAACUGCUUUCAAACUACGCUUUAAACAUUUUUGUUAAAGUUCAAGGCUACCCUUGUCACCAUUGCAUAUCUGAUAUCUUGAUUCUGACUAGCUCUCAGAUUUAUAAUAAUCCCCUUUGGAUUGUUGCAGCAGCUGAAAACACCAAGAAUGCAACAUGUUCCAAUUGUGCCUUUCCACUCUCUGACCUACUGAUGAGAAGACAGCUUUCUGCAAAGCAGAGAGCCCCUUAUGCUGGGAGGAUUCCCCUCCCAAAGAAGAUGUCUCCCCAUCCAUUGCAUACUGAGAGGUCAAACAGCAUGAAGAGGCUACUUGGGCAGAACACACUUGUCCUUGAUUCCAUAGCAUGGCAUUCUUAACCUGACUUUGCUCUCUAUAGGCUUUCCUUGGGUGGUCUAGGAAUCAGCUUGAUUGCAGGUAUGCUGCCAAUUAUAUAUCUUUAGAUAUGUAAUUUGGUAGCACCAUCCAAAUUCUGAGAAUCACAGCCUUUGUUUUUGAAACAAGAGCAAGUGCCUAGGUUUCACGAUGGUGGAGGGGGGAAAUUUGUUAAGAUGUUAAUGCAUCUGCAGAAGGCUGAGAAAGCAGAAGUGGCUUGUGUGGUACUUCUGGUGGUCAGGAGGACUUACAUUGACCUGUGCAGGCCCCAGACUGUCCCUGCUCCAUCCUGUUUUUGUUAUUUUGUACUGUCUCUCAAAGUGCCAGAAGUACUAUAUCUCAAAGUGCCGGAAAUACCUAACUCCUUUUCAGAUGUUAAUUCAUAAACCUGUGUUCAAAUUCGAAGGAUCUUUAUGCCCAAUAUAAUUUAGUUAAAAAAAAAAUCCCAUGCCUCAUAUUUCUCCCAAUUGGAACCAAGCCAGCUAACAAUAGCAGAAGAUACAACACAAAAUGGGGACAUAGGAAGCCACUGGUCCACCUGGUUCAGUACUGGCUACUUGACUGCUGCUCACCAAAGUUUCAGACAAGACUCUGAGCUAUAUCCCGUCCUCACUGUAGAUUAUGUCACAGAAAUGUAAAUGGAACAAGCUCUGUCACCAGCUCUAUGUAAUCCACAGCUUGGUAGUCACAAUUCUAACAGGAAACUCACCUAAAAAUCAGUUUUUUUACAGUAUUUCCUAAAUCCUAAAGAUUCAGGCACUGGAGGUGUUUCCUUCAGAGUUCUAUAGAAUCACAGCGAGAGCUCCAGGCAACUGCAUAUUUUUCUUGGUUUUAAAAAGGGAUGAUAUGCCAUUUGGAAUAGACCAUUGUCAAAUAUUCUGAACCAGUAGGAAGAGAAACAUGGAGGGAAGUACUCUGCAAGCUAUUAUAGCUAAGCUUUAGAAAGUUGAGUGGCUAGCCCCAAUGUAACCACCAAAAUCUGGUCAAGCAGGGAAAUGAGGGGCGUAUGUGAUUUUGUUGCUGCUGCAAGGGAUGUUGCUUUUUGGAAAUUUGGAGAGGACAGCAUAAAUAAGGUCCCAUAACUUCUUUGAGCCUUAUCACCUGUUUCUGAUGGUGUCAAAAUCCAGCCUUUGAAAGAGCAGGGAUGGUAAAUGCUCCAAAGCCCUUCCAAAUAGAUUUUCUGCCACAGGGACCCAGAUCCUGUUGCUGACAUACUGUACCUCAAGGCCCACAGACCAGGUAGAACAUCCUUUUGGAGCCUUGCAACAUCAAAGGUGGGCACCUAUAGCAAUAUGCAUUUAAAACAACAAUUGAUUAAAGAAGAAACAUUUUGACCACUUAGCAUUAUUAUUCUGUCUACUAGCCCAGCUUAUUGGUCCCUUGCUAUUUAAUCAUUCUCCAUUACUCAAAACAUAAAACAUAUAGUAACCAUGCUACUUGCACAUUCAUUUCAAUAGACAUAAGUGCUUAUUAGCAGAGAAUAUUUUACUGAAAUCCACUCAAACAUGAGGAUAGCAACUGCUGUCUAAGUUGAUACAGUGGUGAUAUAAGAUGAUAAUGUAAAAACUUUACUGUAUGAGCCAAAAGACCCUGGUCUCGUUCAGGCCAGUUUCAAAGUUAACUAAUUACUGUAUUUUACAACUUUGCCACAGCACCAGAACUUUAGGACUUAGGGACAAAUGAUCUCAUUCUUCAAUACGGGCAGAAUAUCUGUUUGUCUUCAGUGCAGGCCCAGUCAAUGAAAUCCAGGUUUGCCUGAAGUUGAGGCAGGCCUUCCAAUUUAUUUCUGUGCAUAAAAUCUUCCUUUAUCUAGCUUAGUCACUGAGAGGCCAGUGAGACUAGCAGGUUAUAAAUAUGCCUAACCCUUGCAUAGCUGAAGUCAAAGAUGAAAUGAGCUUACUGGUUUUAGCCUAGUCCUGAGAGGAUUUUUGGAAACCUUUUGUGGUUUUCUGUAGCACAGCAAUAAUAAUUGCAUGGCAUUUUUGAUGAACAGAGGUAAAAUCAUUGGAGUCCUCUAUGGUUUUACGCCAGGGCAGGGGUCUUUUGGAAGAUUGUUUGAUAAAGGUUGUUGCAGCAUUGUGGUAGUUAGAACUGUAAGUUUUUUAAAAAAACAAACAAACACAUAUUAGAUGCUGUAAUAUAACGGAACCAUGUGAGACGAAGUUGGGUAGUGGAAUAACAGAUAAAGACUUGGGGGAGAAUUGAUCUGCAUGUGAAGGGUUGUAUCCAGUGCUUUUUUUCUUUUAAAAAAAUGUUUAGGGGUACUCUCAUUUUGCUACUCAUAUUGAAAUACUGCCCCUCAAUGAGGCCAAACUUAGAUUCACAAAAUGUUUAGAGGUAUGCGUACCCCCAGAAAAAAGCACUGGUUGUAUCGGAGAUUUACGACUGCAUUGUGCCAGUGGUUAGGCUUCUGUAUCUGUGUGGAGGCCUCUUCAAUAUCAUGUUGGUCUGUCAACAUACAUCAGAAUCACCAGACAUGGCACGGCAUCUCUGGUAGUGUUGCUUUUGUCCAUCUACAGUAUAUAAGCUCUGUUUAGCUUUGUUGGUCUCUGGGCAGAGGAAGCCUAGCGAUCCUACUGCCCUUUAACCUGGCCUAUUGUGUGAGGAAAGCCCCAGCCAUGGUGCUUGAAUCCAGGCAUAUCAGCUGUUCUCUGCUCACAUGCAAGCGGAUGGUUGCAUCCAAUUCCACCUGACCUUCCUUUUAUCUCACUUGUAAUCAGACCACAAUGCUGCUCAUUUGUGAAUCCUGUUUCUGUCAAGAUUUUCCUCUACACUUCUGGUGGCAAACUUGUCUAGGCAAGCAUCAGCAGCCUUUUCUACAUUUUUCAUUGUUGAACUAUGCUCAUCAUGUCCAUCUCAGCAAGCCACAGCCCAUUAAUGGUACAUCAAGGCCAUUUCACAGCCAGCAGUUUCUUUCCAGCCUUGCAUUUGAUCUACACCUAGGACUGGGGCACAUGGUACAGCUACUACCUGGGAACCACCAGAAUGUUGCUUUAAGUGAAAUGGAAAGUUAGUUUUUCAGGAUUUCUCCAGAGGCAAAAUGGAACAUCUAGAAUGUAUGUGGCACUGUAUGUAUAAAUGAAAUGAAUGGGUUGCUUCCUACAGACUCACAAUCUAAAAGGGGGGGGGCCUCAUCCAGACUUGUGCUUGCCCCAUGCCUAAAUAGCCCAGGCCUGAGCAGUUCUCCACUUGUCCCAUGCUUCCUAGCCAUGGGCCCGAGUGGUUUUGCCCUUGCCGAACUGCUUUCCCCUGGAAAAUCUGCCUUUAGCAACAAAGCAGAGCCAACGUGAGUCUGAAGAAAACCUGACUGAUGUUUACUGUGAUUCAGUGGUAAGGAUCAGGUUUUCCCAGGUGAAAGCAGCAGGGCAAGGGCAAUUCUGGAUGAGUCCAGGGAGAGAUGGAGAGAGGGGAGGAGGAAGGGAAAGGGUCAUUUAUGUCCAGUGAGUCACUGUAUGGAUUGUUAUAUUUCCCCAUUCUGCUACACAGCUUUUCUUUUCUUUUUUGCGCCUUUUGCAUUGUGGGGAAAACUGACCAAUCCAUGUGGUGAAAGCUGUCACAAAGGGCAACUUAAAGCAGGUCCAUCUCCAUGUGGCAGCUGUAACAUGGGCAUUGCUUGUAGUCAAGGCUGCUGGAAGCCAUGAAUGUUUAUCCAUUUAAGCUAUUUUUAUUUCAAGCAUAGUGGUAAAACUUCCAGAGUGGUAGCUUCAUCCUAAAUCUACAUCUUCAGACAUUGAUGCUACUGUCUGAUGAAGGUUUGGUGCACUUGACUACCCAGUCAAAGGGAAAUUAUUUUCACUCAAGAUUUAGCUGCUGUGACUAUAGGGCUAUAUUUUACUUUGAACAUGGGAUCAAUAGGUGUGAGGAAUGCAGAUUUGUUUUCCUUGGUGGAGGAACUGUGGUCUGAGAACUCCAGAUCCAAGUUUUAAUGGUUUUAAUUUCUGUUGAACAAUUUCUGCCUGCAUCAAUCUAAACGGUAAAAUAUUGUUUGUUACUUUGCUGCAUAGCAAGAUUAACGUUAUAGUUUCACCCUCAGGCUGAGCUGAGCAGGUCCAUUUAUUUUAAGAAAAUUUCCAUUUAUAUUAUAGCAAAUCUAAAUUUACAUGUUAUAGUAAAUGCUGUCCAUAAAAGGAAAAAGCAGAGAUAUGCGCACACUCCUUGUCAAUAUGGAUCUUUGCUUUUCUAGCUGAGAAUGCUACGGUGUUCAUAGCCUUUUGCUGCAGCUAGUGGUAUUUACUAAUAUGAAAUUAUCUUUUGCUCCAUUCCAAUCUGCCCAGAUCAAAUGCCACCCAAGACACACAAACUCCCUACAAAGCACUCUGCUGACUAUGACUACAGUACUACUACUACUGCUACUGUUAUAAAUGUAAUAAGAAAGCAAAUUCCCCAUAGUAAUAUUUUGGCUUCCCUCUUUUUGAGGUUCUUUAACGUUACAUGUGGAUCUAGACAACAAGGCCAUAAAAGAGACACAGGUGCAGAGAAAAAGAUAUCAGUGGAAUCCUACUGUAGUCUCUGAAAAUCCUACAUUGUCACUGUGCAAACUGAGAUGUACCUAAAGUAUUUUGGAAAUCUAGAUCCUCUUGCAAGCAAGUUCAUGGAUAAUUGUAGAUUACACUAAGAUUCUUUUCUUCUUCUUCUGGCAGAGAAACUAAUACAAGCAUGGUAAAUGAACGUAGCCUAGAUUCUCCUGGUGCCUCUAGUUUAUGGAAGUAUCAUAAUGAAGUCCUCUUGUCAUCUGUCCA